AUGCCCGGUCCCUGGGAGGCGCUGGGGCUGCCGGGCGGCCUGGUCACCCUGAACGUGGGCGGGAAGCUGUACAGCACCACGCUGGAGACGCUGACGCGCUUCCCCGACUCCAUGCUGGGCGCCAUGUUCCGCGGCCCGCAGCCGGCCCUCACCGACAGCCGCGGGAACUACUUCAUCGACCGCGACGGCAAGGCCUUCCGCCACAUCCUCAACUUCCUCCGCUUCGGCCGGCUGGACCUGCCCGAGGGCUACGCGGAGCUCUCGCUGCUGCGGGCGGAAGCGGACUUCUACCAGAUCCGGCCGCUCCUGGACGAGCUGCGGCGGGUGGAGGCCGAGCGCUGGCGCCAGCGGAGCAACGCGGUGCUGCACGCCGACGUGGACGUGUGCAAGCGCCGGGUGCACUUCAACGUGCGCCGCGGGCCCCAGAACUAUGAACUGAGCGCCUGCUCGCUGCACGUCUUCACGGCCAACGUCUUCUGCACGGACAGGCACUUCCUGGCCCUGCUGCGGAGGCGCCUGAGCCACGCCGACGCGCCCGGCGGCGGCUCGGGGGCAGCGCCUCCCGGCAAGGCCCUGGACUGGUCCCGGAGGGAGCCAGAGCCUCUGAGCCCCUCAGAGGGGGAGCCCAGAGGCGGCAGCCAGGGGGGCCCCGGGGCCGCCCACCGAGGGGAGGGGAGGGGCAGGAAGAGGCGCCUGGACAAUGCCAACGGCGAGCCGACAGCCUGCCCAGGCGACUCCGCCGACGAGGGUGCCGAAACCGAUGAGGAGGCCGGGGACCGGUCCUUGGAGAUCUCCCCCGUGGGCACGGCAGCCUGCCACCACCUGUGCCUGGAGUGGACCCCACGCCCCUCGGAGCUCCCCGCGGCGGAAUACGCCAAGCAGCGGCUGCGCUCCCUGUGCGUGGGUGGCCGGGAAGUUAGAACUGCCAGUGGGUUCCUGGAAGAGGUGCUGAAGCUGGCGCUGGCUCAGGGCUUCCGGGUGGACUCGGUCUUCCCCGACCCGGCAGACAUCCUGAGCGCCCGUUCCUUGCGCUUCGUCCGGCACUGA